UUUCAAUAACGUACUCUUAGCUAAAUUUUCUGAGUCUAGCUGCGUUCAGAAGAAGAGUGUGUGUGUGUGUGUGUGUGAGAGAGAGAGAGAGAGAGUUCCCACCAAAGACAAAGACAUGGGUUCAACUGUUGACGGUGCACCACUUCUGGAAGAGGGUCUUCUUGAGGAUGGAAGGAGUGAAGAGUACACAGGAGAUGGAACAGAGGACUUUAGAGGCAGGCCUGUUCUUAAGAAGAAUACUGGCAAUUGGAGGGCUUGUCCUUUUAUCCUAGGUAACGAGUGUUGUGAACGUUUGGCCUUCUUCGGAAUUUCCUCAAAUCUUGUUACCUAUCUCACUACCAAACUGCAUCAAGGAAACGUUUCUGCUGCGAGAAACGUCAGCAUCUGGCAAGGCACUUCUUAUCUCACACCUCUCAUUGGAGCCGUUCUGGGAGAUGGUUACUGGGGUCGAUACUGCACAAUUGCUGUUUUCUCUUUCAUUUAUCUCAUUGGGUUGUGUACCUUGACACUUUCUGCAUCUUUACCAGCAUUGAAGCCUGCUGAAUGUUUGGGUUCUGCAUGCCCUUCAGCUACUCCUGCACAAUAUGCUGUGUUCUACUUUGGUCUGUACGUGAUAGCGCUUGGGGCUGGUGGUGUUAAAACAUGUGUGCCAUCUUUUGGGGCAGAUCAAUUUGAUGAUACUGAUCCCGAGGAAAGAAUUAAGAAGGGGUCGUUUUUCAAUUGGUAUUAUUUUUCUAUCUAUCUAGGUGCCAUAUUGUCAUGCAGCUUAAUCGUUUGGAUUCAAGACAACGCAGGAUGGGGUCUUGGAUUUGGCAUCCCUGCUUUGUUUAUGGGAUUAUCUAUUGUAAGCUUCUUCAUGGGCACACGUCUUUAUAGGUUUCAGAAACCUAGGGGAAGUCCUGUUACAAGAAUUUCCCAGGUUUUGUAUGCGUCUAUCUGGAAGUGUAAUCUGGUUGUCCCUUGGGACAGUAAUCUCCUUUAUGAGUUACCAGAAGAGAGAUAUGCGAUUAGAGGGAGUCGCAAACUGGAGCAUAGUGAAGAUCUAAGGUGUCUUGACAGAGCAGCUAUAGUAUCCGAUUAUGAGAGAAAAAGUGGUGACUACUCUAAUCAAUGGAGACUUUGUACAGUAACACAGGUGGAAGAAUUGAAAACCUUGAUUCAAUUGCUUCCAAUAUGGGCUACUGGGAUAGUUUUUUCUGCUGUUUAUGCUCAGAUGUCAACAUUGUUUGUGGAGCAAGCAAUAAUGAUGGAUACAUAUAUUGGUAACUUCAAAUUACCCCCAGCUUCUCUGUCAACUUUUGAUGUGAUUAGUGUUAUUUUUUGGGUCCCUCUCUAUGACAAGGUAAUUGUUCCAAUCACAAGGAAGUUCACAGGCAAAGAAAGGGGGUUCUCAGAGUUGCAAAGAAUAGGCAUUGGCCUUUGCUUUUCAGUCCUGUGCAUGUUAUCAGCUGCUGUUGUGGAGAUUAGGCGUCUGGACCUUGCAAGAGAGUUUGACCUGGUUGAUGAACCUGUUGUAGUGCCCCUUAGUGUAUUUUGGCAAAUCCCUCAGAACUUCUUCUUAGGGGCAGCUGAAGUAUUAACAUUUGUGGGGCAGCUUGAGUUCUUGUAUGACCAAUCUCCAAGUUCUAUGAAGACUCUUGGUACUGCACUGCCACUUCUGAGUUUUUCAUUGGGAAAUUACUUGAGCUCUUUCAUUCUUACUUCCGUAACUUACUUUACGACACAAGGUGGAAAUCUUGGUUGGAUUCCUGAUAACUUGAACAAAGGUCAUCUUGAUUACUUUUUCUUUCUUUUAGCUGGACUUAGCUUCUUAAAUGUAUUGGCGUACAUUGUUGUUGCCAAAAGGUACAAGCAGAAGAAGGCUUAUUAAGAUUUUUCCAGCAUCUAUUGGGGCGGAAGCAUGUUCUGAUGUACAGUACCCUUCUGUCAUUGUCAUGAUUUUUCUGUAAGUAUAUAUGCUACCAACAAACUAACUUUCUAAAGCAGUACGCUAAUUUUCU